GCCCGCAAACUUCACCGAACCUCUUUCUCUCUCAAUGGAGAAUUGAUGAUGGACUCCUUGGGCCAAGAGAUUGCCUUUAAGGGCCUCAAAGUGGACGAAGCCUUUGUUCCUUCUUUUGCUCUUGGAUCGGGGCGUCAAGCGAAAAUUAAUUUCGGCAGCAAUGUACAAUCAUUAAAUAACAUGGUGCACCCCGCACCACUCUGGUACUCACGAGAGGAUCCAUCCUUAUUCGUCAACGUCGAUAAGAAGCAUCCACGGCUUGAAGUACAGACCUCGACUGGCGCAAUCAAACCUUGUGUGUAA